CUGCAGUCCUAGUGAUGUAUUGAUGCAACUAACACCAAAGGUCUUGGCAGGAUGGUUAAUGACUCGGCUAAACCAAACUGUAAGGUAAAAAAGAUCAUGACUGACAAGCCACGGUUGUGGCUGUAUUCCAUAAAAGACAUACACCCAGGAGAGCAGCUUACCUUUGACUAUGGUGUAAAAGAUGCUCCAUGGAGAAAGCGAAAGACAGUGACUCUGCCCCCAAAGUAGAUGUAGGUCAUGAUGACAGUGAUGAUGGUGACGAUGAUUACGACCAAGAUGACAGAGAGGAUGACUUUGGAGUACGUAAGAAGAAACUAAAGAUGGCUUCUACAAGUACGUCAAAACCAACAGUAAAACCCAAACUGGCAGCAGCAAAAACAGAAGGAAUGGCAACAAAUACCAUUACUACAAAGCCAACAGACAGUGACUCUGCCCCCAAAGUAGAUGUAGGUCAUGAUGACAGUGAUGAUGGUGACGAUGAUUACGACCAAGAUGACAGAGAGGAUGACUUUGGAGUACGUAAGAAGAAACUAAAGAUGGCUUCUACAAGUACGUCGAAACCAACAGUAAAACCCAAACUGGCAGCAGCAAAAACAGAAGGAAUGGCAACAAAUACCAUUACUACAAAGCCAACAGAAGAUACUGAGAGCUUGGUAGCUUCCAGUACAGACCAAGAACAGAGCGACAGUGAACUGGACAAUGGUGAUUUUAAACAAAGCAUGGCCAUUCAAGAAGCCAAUGAUGAAAGGUGGUCUGAUGAAGAUAUAAGUCUUGAGGAUAGUGGUGAUGAAUAUAUACCCCCUGUGAGCAGUGACUUUACAUACAGUGAGGAAGACAUUGUGGAUGCUGAUGCCCAAUAUAAAGAACAGUUAGAUGAGUCAUAUAAUGCUGAAGAACAUGUGUCGGACAGCACAAGUGAUUCUGAUGUUAUUCCUAUAGAGCAGGAGUUAGUAAAUAAGUUGACAAAACCGAAUUUAACUAUAAUGCAAUCAAAAAAGAAAGAGGAUGGCACUCGAAUAUGGGACAAAAAACACUGUUGUCAAUACUGCAUGAAGUUGGUGGCAAAACUGCCCCGACACUUUGAGCAAAAACAUAAGCACGAGUUUGAGGUGGAACAAGUUCUGUCUCUUCCGAAAAAGUCCCCUGCCAGGAAAGAGAAGUUGCGAGAAUUAAUGAAUGCUGGAGACUUUUUACAUAAUAAGAAUGUGAUUGCUAAACAAACAGGAAACUUGAUCCCUUUCAAGAGACCAAAAGAAGAAGAUUCAAGUAGGGCUAGCGACUAUGUCACUUGUAGCCAGUGUUUGGGCUUGUUUUUUAGGACGUGA